GCAAUGUCCUGGUUCAGUGACAUUGCGAGCCGAGCGGAAGACCUUCUCACGAAGGUUGAUCAGACAGCCUGCAUCGGCACUUCAGAAACCAGCUCCUGCCCAAUACGAAGACCGGUUUCAUGUCGUACACCAAAAGUCCUGGCAGGAGUCCACAACCAGACCCGCCCAGCAUCCCAGCCUUUGACUGCCGGUGGAUUCACACGUAGCCCAAAAGCCGUCCAGAGGCCUGUCGCUAACUCCAAGCUCGACCUGGUGUCAAGCCGAAGCGAGUCGAAAAGCAAGCCAGCGAUGAAAAGUUGAUGGAAUAUCUAAACAGCUCGGAGCCCGCGCCAUCAGCUCCGAAAACGCAGUUCGUCUCAGCUGAAAAUUGAUGUAGAGUCGUCGCCGGCUGAAGCUGGAGAUGUCAUUGGAACAAGCAGUGUCUCGUCAUCAAAGCUCCAAGAUGCAACGAUGUCACAAGCGGAAACGGUAAUCUCGCCAGAAGUCAGUACAACGACGACAGCCCAAGGAGAAGCAAGCACUUCGGUGGUUGCAGAUCAAACACCUUCAAGUUCGCGAAGGUCUUCCAUUCAGCACCAGGAACUUCAAACAGCUUCUUCCUUCUCGAGAAGUGAUGUGCCUGAAGUGACACAGGGCAGUAGCCUUGAAGAAGAAAACAGAAUGCUUCGAAAAGAGGUGUCCACUCUAAACCAGGAGAUGGCAUCUGUUCUCCAGAGGAUCAAGAAUGCUGACGCAGAGAAGCAGCGGCUGCAGAACCGCCUCGAUCACUGGUCCAGCCAGGUGUCAGCCAGCGACUCGACCUUCCGCGAACUGCAAGCACGUGAACGUGACCUCACAUCAGCCUUGGAGGCAAAGGACUCACAGCUGGCUGUGUUGCGUGUGCGGCUUCAGGAGGCAGAUCAGGAACUGACCACCAAGCGCCGCCUGGUGGACGACCUUAGGAAUGAGAACCAGAGGCUGACAAGGGACCAGACGGACUUGUCCCAAGUCCAGGGCAAGACUGUUGAGACACUGCGCGACAAGUUGGCCCAUGCGGAAGAGGCCCUCCGAAAGGAACAAGAGAGCCAUCGACACGCUCAGGCCGAAUUCAUGCAGAGGCAGUUGAAAAUGGAGGAAGAAUUGGCAAACCUGUCAGAGAGUUUGACAUUGGCACAGAAGCAGCUAGCUGAACAAAAGGCGCAUGCAAAGGAGUCGGGCAGCCAAGUGUCGUCAUUGCGUUGCAGUCUAGAUCUGGCACGUCAAGAGCUUGCCGAUUACAAGCAGAAAGCACAGAGGAUUCUGCAGUCAAAGGAGAAGCUGAUUGCAAGCCUGAAAGAUGCGGCCAAUGCGAGUGGGUCAUCCCUGGAUGGCUCGGAAGUUGACGGCAGCCGGCUGAGUGCUGCUUCUGCAGCCGAGCUGGAGGCCAUGACGCAGGAGUGCGAGCACCUCCGUAACGAGCUAAGGAAGACUCAGGCCCACGCCGAUGCCCUGUCAGCAGAGUUGCACGAGCAGGAGAGCUCCCUGCGUAGGGAGCUGGAAUCCCUACAAGAGCAACAGCGUGACCUCCUGAAGGACUUGAAGCAGGAAAGGCAUCAGCGGCAAGAGGUCGAGCUCGAGGCACGACAAGCAACAGAGGAGAUCACAUUCCUGAAAGAAGAGCUUCGACGCAACAAAGAGGCCCUGCAGCAGAGGCUAAGCGAGCGCGAAUCUGAGCUGGAAAAACUGCGGAAACAGAUCAUGACCAAGUCGAUGAGCUCGACAAGCGAGGAAGAGCUCGAGGCUCGGCUACAUGCCCUCACCGAGAACCUCAUCCAGAAGCAGACCCUGGUCGAAGCCCUGAGCACCGAAAAGAACUCACUUGUCCUCCAGCUGGAAAGACUCGAGCGUCAGCUGAAGGAAUCCCAAGUUCACACCUCCAAACCGCACACAGCGAUAGCCGGAUUCGGACAGCCAGAUGAGUAUCCUAGGGCGAGGCUUCCGGGAAUGUUUGUCGAAUCUCCCUUCGACGGCACCGUGACCAGGAAGGUCAAGAGAGCAUAUGGUGUCAUUGACUCCUUUAGCAUACGUGCUGGCAUCUUUCUGAGGCGCUACCCACUUGCCCGGAUAUUCAUUCUCAUUUAUAUGGGCCUGAUGCACUUUUGGGUCAUGAUUGUGCUGCUGACCUACGAGCCGGAGAUCCACGGUCCACACAUCAAGCCGAGCGCGAACGCUAUCUCCAAGACUCUCACCUGACCGUGGAUUUGCAAGUCUUCCCUGUACAUUGUGUUUAUACGGCAUGUAUCUUUUUUCUUAGAGCUUUCAGUUUGGAAAUAAAUUCUAAGGGGGCAAUGGAAUGCCUGUUAUAUUUGAAAGUG